UAACUGUCGUGCGCUGUCAUUUAAACAAUGUUUGUCUUCCGCAACAAAUGUUUACCAGUUUUACUCGCUUUACCAAUUGAUAUUAUUCUUUAAUUAGUUAAGUAAUAAGCCGCAACUUUCGAACGUUUGCGAAGCUCAGUCACAAGUUCAGGAAUGUAAUCUUGCAAAUUGAAUGCACUGUUAGAUAAUGUCCGACGCGGAGUUAUCGUCGUCACCGCCGCCCCCGCCGUCAUUGAAGGGUGGUUCUUCAGAGGGUGACUGGACGUGCGCCGACUGCAGCAACAUCAACUUUGCAUGGCGUAACGCAUGCAACCGCUGCGCCAAAGCGCGCACGCCAACUUUCCAGAAGAAAAAGAAACUCGGUCAGGAAAUCGGCAAACAAGCGGCGGAAAAAUCACGGGGGCUCUUCAGCGCUGACGACUGGCAGUGCAAUAAGUGCGGCAAUGUGAACUGGGCGCGUCGGCAGCAGUGUAACGUCUGCAACGCGCCAAAAUUCGGCGAAGUUGAAGAACGAACUGGCUUUGGAGGCGGUUACAAUGAUAGAGGAGUAGUUGAGUACAAAGAGCGCGAAGAUUCUUCAGACGACGAGUAUGAUGAAUUCGGGCGGAAGAAAAAGCGAAACGAGAACUGUAAAGAAUCUGAUAGAUUCCCGAUGAAAAAUGUAGCUGUAAAAGAUUUAAAAAAUGAGAAAAAAAGAGUUGAUGAUGAAGAAGAAGAAGAUGAGGAAGAGGAUGAUGAUGAUGGGGAUUUAUCUAAGUAUGAUCUGAGUGACUGGGGGGAUGCAACUCCAGCAAAAAGUACUGAUGCAAAAAAUUCUCACUCACAUCCUCAUACAAAUAGAAAUAAUAAAAGAGAUAGAUCUAGGUCUAGAUCAAGAUCAAGAUCGAAAACUCACAAUUCACGAUCUAGAUCUAAAUCUCGCUCGCGUUCACGUUCACCAUUGUCAAAGAAAUAUUAAAUAGCUUUGUUUGAUCACUGAGUGAUUACGUUCUAACCUCAAUAAUAACCUAUUUUGGUAUCUAGCACAAAAACGUAUGCGACUACAUGUAAAUACGUGCGCUGAAAGUUUGUUAUCUCAAAAUUACCUUUUUAACUUAAACUUAUCGUCCGAAUUAAAUCAUUCGCAGUUGCAAGUUGCAAUUUAAGAUGUACUUAUGUACGACUAACUGUUGUUGACGCUUUCUUCGAAAAGAACGCUUGAAACAGUUGUUAAUUACCAAAAACUAAAUUUAAAUCGGAAAUCAUUUUACAUAACUUGACAUAUCGUUGUUACUGGUUGUUUGUCCUGCAAAUCAAUGAAAUGUUGAUCUAGAUCAUGAUUAUGAUGUCAAUUGGUCUUCAACGUGCGAGGUAAAACGAUAAAACUUGAAAAAGUGUAGAGAAUUGUAGUGCUUGUUUGAAUGCUGCAGCUACAAGUUGAAAUGCAAGUACAAGAUGAAAGCAGAAGAUGCGGAUACGCUUUAAAUAUCUUUAGAAGACUUUAAUAAAUGAAAUAAAUCGAUGUAGAAUGAUUUUGUUUUUUCAUGAACAUGAAUAUUACGAAUAUUUUUACCGUGGUUGUUUAUUAUUAGUAUGUAAGAAGUACUUUUAUUACAAAUAUACGUACAAGUCAAUAAUAUUAAUAAA